AUGGAAAUCUCAUUACCACAAAAAUUUUUUGAAGCUCUCCCAUACGAAGAUGAAGAAAAAAUUCAAAAAGAACAAAGAUAUAGCGAUAAAACCCAUUUCGAAAUUACUAUGGCAAUUAAUGUACUCUUGUACCUCAGUACCUGUUUCCCAUCAGAUGAAGAAACCCCUGAAUUAACUAUAAAAGAAAAUGAAUUUAAAAGAAUUAAACAAAUUUUAGAAUUUUAUAAAAGGGAUUAA